AUGUACUGGGCUGCUGGCUUCGCCUCUUCCCGGCCGUGUGUGGUUGAGCUGGGGCGGAACCACAGCCUGCCUCUCGGGCUGUGCGGCUCCGAGCAGCAGCAGUCUUUGUAUGGCUAUAUCAUCACCUUCCCUUUACAGGACUACGGGGGCAUCAUGUCGGCUCUGGGCUCGGACUCCUGGUGGAAGAAGACCCUGUACAUCACCGGGGGGGCCCUGCUGGCUGCUGCAGCCUACCUACUGCACGAGCUGCUCGCCAUCAGGAAGGAGCAGGAGUUGGACUCUAAAGACGCCAUCAUCCUCCAUCAGUUCUCCAGGCCAAAGAAUGGGGUGCCCAGCCUCUCACCCUUCUGCCUCAAAAUAGAGACAUACCUGCGCAUGGUGGACCUGCCCUACCAGAACUACUUUGAUGGGAAGCUGUCGCCACAGGGUAAGAUGCCCUGGAUGGAGUACAACUACGAGCAGGUUUCAGGGUCCGAGUUCAUCGUGGACUUCCUGGAGGAGAAGCUGGGCGUCAACCUUAAUAAGAACCUCACCCCGCAGGAGAGAGCUGUGUCCCGGGCUGUCACUAAAAUGGUGGAGGAACACCUCUACUGGACGAUAGCCUACUGUCAGUGGGUGGACAACCUGGAGGAAACUCAGAAGCUUCUGGCGAUGAGCGGCCCUCUGAGCGGCACUCUGAAGUGGCUGCUGGGCCACCUGAACGGCAGCAUGGUGCGCAGGGAGAUGUACGGCCACGGCAUCGGACGCUUCUCUAAGGAGGAGGUCUACGCGCUGAUGGAGAAGGACAUGAGGACGCUGGCCACACUGCUCGGGGAUAAGAAGUACUUUAUGGGCUCUAAGAUGUCGACAUUAGAUGCUACAGUGUUUGGUCAUCUAGCCCAGGCUAUGUGGACUUUGCCUGGGACACGACCAGAACAACUAAUCAAAGGAGAGUUGAUCAACCUGGCCAUGUUCUGCGAGCGGAUGCGGAGGAAGUUCUGGCCCGAGUGGUUUGUGGAGGUGGAGGAUCUUUACUAUGACGGAGACAGCGAGAGCAGUGGCGGCUCACCUACAGGCCUGCUAGACUUUGGCCUCUUCUCCAGGACUGACACUCUGGACGACAGCGACGCCAGCACCAACUCAGCCAGACACACGCACACACACUCCCCCGACUCCGACCACUCGCUCUUUGACUCGGACGUGGGCACGGGUUCUGACAAUGAUAUUCAGCUCAAGGAGGAAAAAAUGCCCGACCUGGAGGUUUGACCUUGAGGAUGGCCGUGAUUGGCUGACAGAUUUAGACUGACAGGAGUCGGGAAAAGUCGUGUUGGUUAGCUUGAUAAAUCUGGCAGUCUGGACAGGUUGCCAGACAGCAGCUCUCACAGCUGAAGAAACUAUUCCAGCUCCUCCACUUCCAAUACCCCAAAUGAUAUACCCUCCUGAUGGACUGACUGGGUAUUAAUAUGCAGAGCAUACAAACUGAACCUUCUAAUACACAUGCUACUGUACCGUUUGUCUCCUCCUGUAAUGUCAGAGCUGUCCCUGUGGCAGUUUCUCUUUGCCUUAUUUGUCUCGUCCCAAGAUGCAGAAGCUGGUGCUGUGAAAGGUUAACCCAGAGGAAACGUCUCAUCUCAUGAAAAGUGCGGAGAUUACAGAAGAGUGUUGUAGACAAGACAGGUGGCACUUCACUUGCUAUGAAACGAUGCAACUAAUCACCACUCCGCCAUGUGUCUUAACGCACAAACCCCUUCGAACAGGUGGAGAUUGAUCAUGUGGCUAAAAGGAACAGCUGCCGUGUCUCGGCUGUUAACCAGCCGUGUGCUGGAGAGGCAACACAGAUGACACUGAGUGCCAGUCCAGAUUGAUCCUCACGUCAUUUCCUUUAUGCUACUGCAUGUGGGAAGAAUCUGUAUCAAAACAUGAUGUACUGUAUUGUAUGUCUCCAUCAGACCACAACCCUACGUGUACCUGUAGUUCUAUUGAAUGGAAGUCAGAGGGCAAGACGAGCAGAUUUGUGCCUGUUUUAUUUAUCAGUUAUCAUCCUUAUUUCUCUCCAAUUUAGUAAUAAUUUGCUUGCACUUUGUUAUCGGUGAAGUUCGAGCUUCCAAUCAUUCAUUUUGACAUCUCUUGGGUGGAAGUAAAGAGCUGUAAUUUGUAUAUUUGACCACUAGAUGGAGUCAGCAGUCAGCCUGAUGUCUCCUUUAUUUUGUAACAUCAAUGUCAUUCCACUGUGAUGACCUGCAGUCCAUUUUAAUUAUUUGUCCUUCAGUCCUACACUUUAAUAUUGUGGUUCCCAUUCAUAGGUAACCUGUCGGUGUGUUUGUAGGUGUAAUGUGCGUAUGCAUGCAUACGUGCAUACUGCAACAAAUCAGCCUUAGUUCUCUCAGACUACAGUGGGUGGGAAUAGUCUGCAACAGUUUUUGUUGUGAUAUAAUUUGUUAUCAGUGCCACUUUAUCAUUCUUUCUAUAUGAUCUGAUGUGUCAAAUAUAUAUAUUUUGUUAAUCUUUGUUUUCUUAUUGCUCUCAAAGAGAGAAGUUCUUUUGCACUAGUGGAAAUUUAUUUUCACCGUAUUUCAAUGGGAGCAGUCUGCUAUGGAGGUAGAGAACCGUAUAGGCCAAAUGAAUGGGAAAUAUAAUUGUGUGUAACAGUAGUAUAGGAUGCUGAGUGUUCUGGUACUUAUUGUGCUGCAAGGGGACUGUGCUGCUUAUGCUGGCUGUGUGUAUGUGAAUAUUACUGGGCGUGAAUGUCAUCAAUAAAGCAGUUGAUGAAAAAGCCUUUGCAGAGACAGUCAGGAUCCCAAAUCAGCAGAAGUAAACGUGGCUAAACCAUGGGUUUAAAAUGGACCAAAAUGUCUCGGGAAGUGUUUUGUCUAUCACGUUCAGCAUGGUGGAAGUGCUCAUAAUGGCAAUACGAUCGCUGUCAAAAAGAUUGUGGUGCAUAUAGAGUAGAUGUGACUUGUUAAAGGGUCAGUUAACCAAAAAAAAAAAAAAAACAGUUUCUCAGUUUCAUCUAGUUGUAUUGAGCCAUAAUAAUAGUUUUAUGUCUCGGGGUUUUGAGAUAUAUGUGUCUGUAAGAUUUCUGCUUCUGCCUCAAUACAAUAAAGAAAGCAAGAAUUUUGUGUGUGGUCCUCAUAGUACUGAAAACAGACAAAAGUCAACAACGACAUCUGAUACCAUCCCCACAACACAGUCAUCUGUUUUCACAAGGGCUAUUUCUUUGGUGAAAGGAAGUCAGUCAAAACUGGAAUGUAACUUUUUCAAAAAAGUCAAGUUCAAGCAAAUGAUAACUAACAUGUAAACCGUUCAGAUUAAAUUGUAGCACAAUCCUAAACUGCCUUGUAAAAUUGAUGUUCUUUUUUUCUUGCCUUUAUUAGAUAGGAACUGCUGAAGAUAUACAGGAAAAUGGGGACAGAGAAAGAGAGGGGCCGCUGUGGUACGGACUCAUCUUUUUGUACAUGGGCCCCAUAAAAUUGACGUUCUGUUUAUUUGUGGCGCCUCGGAGGACGUCAGUUACAAACAAAAAUACAACUUUUUUCCCUUUUUCAAAUGGUUACAACUGUUUGAAUUUGGAACAAAAAGCCAUAGUUCUCAGCCAGGGGCCUCCUUUCUAAAAUGUUCUUAGAUUUAUACUUGCCCAUUUGUAACUUAGGUACCCGUGAUCUAUGAAUCUCCAACUAACUUAAAAUGGAUGGCACCUGAAUUACAAUCAGCAUAAUACAAACCCUUUACAUAAUGCUAGUACAAAUGAGGGUUAGUCAGGAAUAGCCAUGGUUACUUGUUUCCCAUUUGACACACCAUUUAUAGAACAUUGCAUCCUGUUUUAAAUUCAAAACACCUUGCGUCUGGCAAUUAAUUCCUCACACCUUUAAUUAGUAAUUCCUAUCACCUAGCACUUUCCUAUCAUAAAGCUAAUAAAGUAAGGUAAAGUUCACCACAGGCAGGAUAAGAUAAUUUCCACAUCACAGUAAGCUUUCAUAAAUAAUGCGCAAGUCAUACUUAAUUGAUUGCAAGUCUGUGGACCUCUAUGUUUCUGGACUUUUUUGAAGGAUUUAAAGCUGCUAUAAUCAGUAUUUUUAUAUUACCAAAAAAUCAAAUGACAGUGUGUAGUGUGAAAGCAGUCACUAGUAGUACUGAACCCACUGACAAUUAUCACUCAGUUCUGCAGAUUCUCUCAGCUCUAGGGGGAAUUUUAGCGUCUUCUUCCAUGUUUUGGUUCUAUGGCCCACAGUCUCUCAAUAUUCUUAUCACCGUCAAUUACUAUGGCCACUAGAGGUCACCGCCUGACAAAUGUAAAUAUGGGUCGUAAUAAGCCGCUUGCACAAUCGACCUAUACAGCAUUUUUUCUGGCAAGGACAGGCUGACUUUACCAUAUCAACUUCAAAGGCGUCAGUGUUAAAAUCUUGUUUUUGCAGCUUCUAAAAAAAGUGCUUAAAAAAAUCAGUUAAUGCAGCUUUAAGUUUCAUUCCUCAAUACUGUGGGCACCACAAACAAAAUCAUAUUCACCUUCAUUGUAUUGGAGUGGAGGGAGAAAUCUUGGAGACUAAUAUGGACACCUGGACACACAAAACUAUCUGCUUGGACCACAUCUUGGGGUAAUUGAUUGAAUUAAUUUUUUCCAUCUUUGGUAAAGUGAUAAUUCAAAUGAUAAGCCUAAACAGGUAUGUGAGUUGGUAACAGAAGGCCAAUGUUUGAUCCAGACACUGGGACUCUAGAGACAACCUUCUUCCAUCAUGUCGUCCUGUGGUUCGCGUCGCCUCAUCCAGGCUGGGCAUCAUAUACAGUUGGACUGCUUUAAUCAAGCCAUAUUAAAACUAAAUGUCUUGUUAUUGGAACCAUGUCAUAGCAUUACUGUUGGGGUAAUGUAUGUAAAUAUUGUAUGUGUGACAAAGUGUACCAUACUGUAUGUGGAGCUGACUGAUCAAACUACCUAUGGAUGUGCAGUCAUAAACUAGAGCGACUGGAUCAUUUCAAUAAAGAAUA